AUGCAGGCAAGUAGUAGCGGUGAUCCUCGAAUACAUGUAACCCUACAAUAUGGGAACAAUAAGGAGAUGGUAAUUCUGGAAAGGACAGAUGAACCUCAGGUUUUCGAAUCGUUACGACGUCGAGCUCGUGCGUUAGUGGAAAGGACAAGUCCUGGCGAAAGUGAACUGCAUCUGUUUCGACACGAUUACGACUCGCCAAGCGUUUUACAGCAUAUUGGCAGUAUAUCGCAAUUGAAUAACGGUUGCAUAGUGGAAGUGAUUGUAGUGGAUCGAAAUGAGAAACCAACACGACCGCAUGUGCUUGAGGUGAAAAACUACAUGACGUUGACAUUCUGUGACUUUUGCGGUGCUAUGCUAACUGGUCUAAUGCGUCAAGGACUUCAUUGUGUCGCAUGCAAAUGUAAUUUCCAUCGUCGCUGUACUGAAGCACCUCGUAACAAUUGCGUAUCGGCAACACCUGGCCUAUCAACAAUGAGUCCCGUACCGAUGGGACCCGGAGGAAUAGGAGUAGGAACUCCGCUUCCGCCGGGAACACCAAGUGCCGCCUUGGAACUUCCUCAUACGCUCGCCGAAAACAAUUACCUGACACCAACGAAGUGCAAAAUUUGUGACAAAAUGCUUAAGGGUUUAAUUCGACAAGGAUUAAAAUGUAGGGAUUGUGGGGUGAACGUUCACAACAAAUGCGCUCAUCAACUUCCAUCAAAUUGCACACUUUCCGAUCAUGCAAUAAGUCGAAUGAGCAUCAAUGAAUCAACACCGCCACCACCAUCUCGUGGAAAUCUCGUCAAUAUGGAUGAUGAGCCAAGCAGCAGCGAGAAUAUACCGUUAUUCCGAUUGCCUGGUCAAGUCUCGUCCAGGAGCACAACCCAGCCAAAAGUGGAAGGAUGGAUGAUUCAUUUUCUGCUCUCGGAUCCAGAGCGACGACUAAAACAUUACUGGAUUCUCGCAAACGAUGCGAUCAAUAUGUAUAACGAGUAUAAUGAAGGUGUAAAUCCGAAUAAAUGCUAUAUGGUGCUUCCUCUAGCUGAAAUUCUCGCGAUCACUCCUCAUCAAGGACCACCAGUCCACUCCAAAUUCCCUCCUCAUUGCUUUGAGAUCCGAACUAUUUCUAAUGUUGUUUACUGUGUUGGUGAGAAUCUACAUGCAUACUCUGGUGGACCACCGAAGAAAAUGCCUCGAAGUCUGAGUAUUCGACCUCCUUCCAAUACUCAGUUGUGGUUUCAGGCAUUGAAAGAUGCGCUACAACCACCAGUUAGUCGGAAUGAUCCACCAAACGCAGAACGAGCAUUGGAGUUCGCUGAACUCUAUCAGGUUCUCAGUGAAAAAGUGCUUGGUUCGGGUCAAUUUGGAACCGUUUAUAAUGCAAUUCAACGACAUACUGGCGUUGAGGUAGCAGUAAAGGUAAUUUCAAAAGAGCGAUUUUCAAAGAAGAGCAACGGAGUAGAAUCGAUGAGAGCUGAGGUUGCCAUACUACAACGUGUAUGUCAUAGUGGAAUCGUUCGUCUGGAAUUCAUGUGCGAAACAAAGGACAAAAUAUUUGUUGUUAUGGAAAAAAUGAAUGGAGAUAUGUUAGAAAUGAUACUUAGUCAGGCUGCUGGACGGCUUGACGAACGUGCUACUCGUUUCCUCCUUGUGCAAAUUUUAUCCGCACUUAAAUACCUCCAUAAACAAGGAAUCGCUCAUUGUGAUUUGAAACCUGAAAAUGUUCUUCUAUCUGAGAUGAACACAAAUUUUCCGCAGACAAAAAUUUGUGAUUUCGGCUACGCCAGGUUCAUUCCCGAAUCACAAUUCCGUAAAACAAUCGUUGGAACACCAGCCUACUUGCCUCCGGAAGUACUGCUUCGACAAGGUUACAAUAAAUCGCUGGACAUGUGGUCUGUCGGUGUGAUUAUUUAUGUGACGUUAUCCGGGACGUUCCCAUUCAAUGAAGGAGAAGAGAUAGCUGACCAGAUCCAGAAUGCCGCCUUCAUGUUUCCGGCUGAACCUUGGGGAGAAGUAUCACCAGCAGCUAUUGAUUUGAUACAACGCCUUCUACGAGUCAAGAUCGAAGAACGCCUCACUAUCGAGGAAUGUUUGGCCCAUGAAUGGUUGAAAGGAGAACAAUUAUAUCGUGAUUUACGGAGUUUAGAGCUGCGAUUGAAAUGUCCACGAUAUCUCACAAGUCCUGCUGAUGAUGAAAAAUAUGCAGAAUUCUUACAACAACAAGGACUUGUCCCACAGUUAUGA